GUCCUCUGACUUUUAUUAGUGUGUUAAGGACACGCGGAAGCUGAGAGAGAGAUGGACGCUGUGGAUCAGCAUGUGGGCUUGGACUCGGGAUUCGGUGUCCGGGAUCACAGGCUGCUCUCUGACUCGGACAGGACUUCCGCUCAGAGUGGACACUGUGGGGACGGAUGGAGAUUAGUGUGCGUGUCUCUGUUUGGAGGAGCUCCGUGGGGUUUCACUCUGAGAGGAGGACGAGAGCACCGAGAACCGCUCAUCAUCACCAAGGUUGAAGAAGGCAGCAAGGCGGCGGCUGUAAGCCUCCAGGUAGGAGACGAGCUCGUAAACAUCAAUGAAGUUCCCCUGAGCGGCUACAGACAGGAGGCCAUCUGCUUAGUCAAGGGCUCCCACAAGACUCUUACUCUGGUGGUGAAAAGGAAAAAUGAACCCAUGAGCAGGCCUCACUCCUGGCAUUCCACCAAAUUCAAUGAGAACCAAUCAGAUACUGCCAAAACACAGUCUACACCCUCUCCAGUCUGGCAAACAAGAUAUGAUGCAAGUUCGUUCUCCUCCGACCUCACUACUGGUUGGGACCAGCCUAAUUUGCGCAGAGUGUCGGACCAGUUCAGUUCCUUGGGCAGUAUGGAUAGUUUAGAACAUGGCUCUUGCCCCUACCCACCUGGACGCCUGUCUCCGAGCAAAUCUAAUGGCAACAGCGUUGAACAUUUAGUGGGUGGAAAGAGAGAUUCUGCCUAUAGCUCUUUUUCAACCAGCUCAGGGACGCCUGAUUAUACGCUGUCCAAAAGCAACGCAGCUUCUACGGAGAACAUGUUGUAUAAAGUUAACCAGUGGGACUCAGGAAGUCGGCCUAGCAACGGCAGACACAGUCAAAGCCUAAGCGAAGGGGUCCGACAGGAUGACCGACUCGGUUAUCUGCAGCCACCUUCAGUAAGCAGUGCGCAAGAAAGCCCAAGGACUGAGGAGCAGCCAGGCUACCGGCAUUCUGCUUCUGGAAGGUCCAGUAUUGCGCCUGUUUGGCAUGUUCCUGAUAUGAAGAAGGCCAAGGCCCCAUCACCUCCACCACCGGCACCACCAACACGCAGUGAUAGUUUUGCUGCAACCAAGGUUCAUGAAAAGGGUCUGGUCUCCAGCUACACUGAAAAUCCUGGGAUUCACACCCAGUCAAAGAUCCAGGGCAAAGGAUUAAAGCCAGGAAUAGAGAUGUCUGAAAGCAAUCAAAAGAUUUACCAUUCAACUGAGUCAGGCCUUGAAACGGAUCCAAACUACAACCCGCAACUUAAAAGUAGCACAAAUAAUCCACAUGUUGUCGGUGAUGGCUAUAGUCAACAAACUCCUCCUCCAAACUCGAACAAGAAGUACUCACCAUCUAGCACUGAUCCAUCCUAUACUCGCUUUCCCUAUCAUCAACGUCAGUACAGUGAUGAGAGCACUUUUCAUGCACCGCCCCGGACCCUGUCUACAGGCACGUCUCAGAGUUGCCAUAGCAGCAUGCAGGAGUUACCCACCAACAGCCAUGCUUCUCCACACUAUAGCCAGAACCAGAUCAGAAGGCACGUUACAUCGCUGACCAGCACUGCUAUUGACCAAAACCCUGACAGUCAAAGCUCCAACAGGUAUUACUGUGUCACAUCUCAACAGCCCCCUCAGGGAGGGUCCCAGGCUUCUUUGUUGAGGGUGGAGGACAGGAAUGCUAAUUCCUUGAUGGAAAUUGCCCAAAGUGGAGGUGAUAGAGCUUCCUUAAGCUCUCAAGGAUCGCUCAAGGAUAGGUUCACUACAUCUCAGGUACUGCAGCCCCCAAGUAACAAAGACAGCAAUGGAUAUUACAGACAGCUUGACAGCCAGCAUCGGGCGUACACAGCAGUUAAUAGAUCUCCUUUUGAUGAUGCAACAACUAAAGCGUCAGAGGUCAGAGGACUCCAAAAGCAAAACACUGUGACAAACUCAGAUAGCCAUUUCAUCAAGCACUAUGAGCAGGGAAAGAUUUCUGAAUCUUACAGAUUGGGAGAAUCCGCCAACGAACAUUUAGUGUUUAAAAGUGAGAUCCCAAUAUGCCCCCAGAAAACCCCUAUGCUGCACUCUCUAUCACAUGACAGCAGUAGAUCGGUUGAUGUACAAAGUGAAAUGGGUAGUGGUGAUGGACAACAGGAGUUCGUUGAUCCCCAGAAUGGCAAGCAGGUUCGACGUGCUGAGCGUUUUGCUACCACAUUGCGAAAUGAGAUCCAGAUGAGGAGAGCUCGGCUUCAGAAGAGUCGAAGUGCAGCAGUUUUGAGUGGGUCCGCUAAUCCUGAAGAAGAGCCUUCAGUUUGGAAGGCCACAGAUGUCUCUUCACCUUCCUUUGAUGGUUCCUUCACUAGUGCCUAUAAAGACCAUCUAAAGGAAGCCCAAGCUCGAGUCCUUAAAGCUACUUCUUUCAUGAGGAGGGACUUGGAGCCAGUGUUACAAGAGCACACAGGAGCUGAAGUUUUGUCGACUUCUCGCAAGGAUGCACCAUCUCUGCCAAGCGUCUCGGAGGUUCCAUCAAGCAAGCCCGCUUCGGGUACAAACCACGUACCCCGUAUAUGUGGCCGAAAACGUUUUCCAGUAGAGAAGAAAGUACGGUCUUACUCUGAGCCUGAAAAAAUUAAUGAGGUUGGUGUCGAUGAGGAGCCAGCUCCACAAGAUAGUGACGUAUCUUUAAUCAACAGGCGUAAAGUUUUUGAGGCAACAGGAAAACCUGCUUAUCGCAAACCCACGUUGAAGCAAAAUCUACAAAUAUCUGAAGACUCCAAUUUGAACAAGCCUGGAGAAUUGCCUCCGUGUGGACAGAGUGAUCUCACCAAGAAGGAUGGCGAUAGUGGCCCGAAUUCCUCACAGAGACUGGGCACGUUUGCAGAGUAUGAAGCCACAUGGAAAACACAGAGAAACUCUGAUCCCAGGACAUCUGGAAGGUACCACUCAGCUGAUAACAUCCUCGAUCCAGCAGUGGAUGAGCGACGUAAGCCCUCUUAUUUCCAUGAGAGGUCACGCUCCUCUCCCUCAGAGGACUUCUAUGGUCAGAACAUCCGAGUGCAAGGAAGGAAGUCAGCCGAGUACUGCCCACCUGAGAGAAAGCGCUCAGAUCGUGAAAACUCGACAUCAAGGUUAAGUGACGAAGGAUACAAGCAUUUAUUGCCCAAGUCGAAUCAAGAACCAGCAUCACUUUUGGCAGGAGGAGAGUUGGAGAGAAACUUCUCAGAUCCACCAUCCACUUGUAAAUCUCCUCCCAUCCCUGCUGGUCCUUCUCAGCAUUUCUCCGAUCGUAGCAUCCUCACCGAUCCCUCUUCCAAUACGAAGAACAAAGGCUCAGUUUCUCUGAGACCUCCUCUGACGCGCCUGGACAAGUCCAAACGCCCCGAGGCCAGUGCUCCUCUCUUCACCUCCCAGGGUGGAACCGGUGUCUCUCACUCUCCUGUUAAAGACGCCCCAGUAUCGUGGAAGGCCCCAGGGCAUAGCAAGGGUUCAAAAAGAGAGGAGGAGACUCAACCAGAGUCCAUACCCCUUCCUCCUCCUCCUCCUCUUCCUGAGCCUCCUGCCCACCUGACUCCACCCAGCAUGGAAGGGCAGCGUUCACCAUCACCUCACUUCGCUCCUCAGAGACUGACUGACAAGCCCCCUGUCUCUGUCUCUCAGCAGGAUGAAGCUACAGGAAGGAUGGACAAGGCGAUUGACGAUAGCACCACUGUGAAAAAAGUGCCCAUCAAGAUCGUCCACUCUGAAAGCAGUACAGAGAAAGAAAAUCGACAGUACCUUCACCCAAGCACCAAGACACCUCUCAGCUCACAACCCACAGUCUUGUCUCUGACCAGUCUAGGAGCCCCAGAGCAAUCCUCCUCUCCAUUUUGCACAUACACACGUCAAAGAGAGCCAGGAAAGGAAACCGUGGGCUCUCAGAAGGAGCAGGAGCUUCAUGUUGAUGUCUCAGGACCUCAGGAGCCACAGAAAGGCCCCUGUGUGGAUCAGAGCACUAACGGAGUCUCCUCAGGCAGCCUCGGUGCUUCCUGUCACUCUGAGGAAGAUGAGAAGAGAGCGGUGUUGGCCAGGGACAUCAUAGACAAAGAUAAGUCCUUGGCGGACAUUUUGGACCAGAGUAAGAGGAGGACCACUAUGGACCUGAUGGAAGGGAUUUUCCCAGAAGGAGAGCAGCUGGUUGAGGAGGCGCACCAACGCAGGAGAGCUGUGCCCAGACUGUCCUCACGUAGCUCUGAAGAGAGGAGGGAGGAGGACGACAUGGCGGCGGCCGCCGCUGCAGCAGCGGCUCUGGCGACCAGCUCAGCUUAUUACAGCACGUCAGCUCCCAAAGCGGAGCUACUUAUUAAAAUGAAGGACAUGCAGGAACAGAGUGUAGAGAUCGAAUCUGAAGAGGAGCUGGAGGAGGAAAAUGACACUGAGCUCGCUAACAAGAAGCAUGAACUGAUCGAGAGCCUCAGUAAGAAGCUGCAGGUGCUGCGGGAGGCACGAGAGAGUCUGCAGGAGGACAUGCAGGACAACAACACUCUGGGCGAGGAGGUAGAGGCCACCGUGCAGACCGUCUGCAAACCCAACGAGCUGGAGAAGUUCCGCAUGUUCGUCGGGGACCUGGACAAAGUGGUCAGCCUGCUGCUGUCUCUGUCUGGACGACUGGCACGUGUAGAGAACGCCCUCAACAGCCUGGAGGAGGAUGCCCCGCUCGAGGAAAGGCGCACAUUGAUGGAGAAGCGCAAGCUGUUGAUCCGACAGCACGAGGACGCCAAGGAGCUGAAGGACAACCUGGACCGGCGAGAACGAGUCGUCUACGACAUCCUGGCCAGCUACCUGCAGGAAGAGAACCUGGCCGACUACGAACACUUCGUCAAGAUGAAGUCGGCCCUCAUCAUCGAACAGCGCAAACUGGAGGAUAAGAUCAAACUCGGCGAGGAGCAGCUUAAGUGUCUGAUGGACAGUUUGCCUCCAGAUCAGAGGUCACACUGCUAACGGACUUUACACUGCAAGGUGAUUCUACGUCCAGAUUUCAAAGUCAGAACAGAUUAAACAGACUCUGGCGUUGCUGAGACCCAGAUGCUGCCAGUGUUUUCAGGAUGCUCUUGCUCAGCUUUUGAGAACAGAGCCAUAUCAUCACUUUUGGACUGUUUUAGAACCACACCCAACUUUGGGCUGCAUCGUUACCGUUCAAUACUGUGCGAUUUGUGAUUUUAUAAACGAUGCUGUAUCAGAUGAAAUGAGAAUUUCAAAGCGCUUACUGUUUAAGACCAGGUAACUGUUUAUCUGAUGUAUUACCCCAAGCUUGUCCCAGUUACUUUAUCAGUAUCCAAUGUUUCUGUAAUUUCGCUUUUUGACCACUAGUGGGUGGUGGAAGAUGGUCACAUUUGCCUUGACCACAUGGUACAAACCACUUUCCACUCAUCCCUUAUACUAGCGUAGAAGACUCGAACAUGACCAUUUACAGCUCCGAUUCGUAACCCUUCUCCCAUAUUUAACUCUGAGAUUUUAAUGACGGUGCAUUGUUGGGAUCAGUCCUUGCCUUUCAUGUCUAAAACAAUUUCAUGUUGGUUUUAGUAAUUUAUUGUAGACUUUUAAAUCUGUAAAUAAGACUAGAAUAUGCUAGUAUUUACCUUUUCACUUAACUUGAUCUUAGCCAGAAAGCAUUCCUUCUAGGUUACAUGCAUUUUUAAAAAGAAAUGUGUAUAUACAUAGUAAAGUAUAAUGUUGGAAUUAGAGCCACCUCAACACCUGCUUUUUGUAAAGUAUUUGAGGGACUGCCUGAGCAAUGCAAUAUUCUCACUGAGAAUCGAAUGCUUGUCUAUAAAAUACUGACUGCCUUUUGCUCAAUA